AUGUUGAGGCCAUAUUCGUGUGACCUUGGUGACAUCAAAGAGAGUUUCGUUUCGUUGAACUUUUAUGGAUUAUGUUUGCACCUUUUGGAUAUAUUCAUCAUAGACAUCGUCUUGGUCCAGCUCAGUUGGCAGAAAGCAAUAAGCAUGCAGCAAAACGUGAUCUGGCAGCUCCAGCGCCUGGUCUUGAGCCUGGAGAACCCCAUUUGUGCUCUCCCUCUGAGCAAGGUGCAACCCUGCACCUCCACUCCCUCCAAAGCUUUUAGAUCGCCAUUCAUGGCGCUUUCCGGCCGCAAGAACGACUUUGUGAGCUUGCAGGAGCUGUGCUCCGAGCUGCGGGAUGAUCUUCACUUAGAUUCUGAGAUGUUCCCAGUGCUGGAGCUAGAGCCUGACGUGCGAGCUGUGCGGCUCAACGCCUAUUUGCUGGAUUUCUACCAGCAUGGCCAAGUUGAUGCGCUGGAGCUCGACAACAAAAUCCCGCACACCGAAUACUGGACACUUCUCGAGGACUUCAUGUUCUUCCUGAGGGCCCUCGCGUCAGUGGCCAAACACCGCCAGCACCGCGCCAAGCAGCGAGGGGAGGCCAUGGAGCUCGGCGAGGAGGUCAUCGUGGGUGCUUUCGAAGCGAUCAGUACGCAGUUCGAGGCCAACUUUAGGGCAAUUCGUGGCAGGCGGCUCUGA